AUGGAUUUGUUUAUUGAAAGAAAAAUAAACAGUUUAUUACAUUUUUUAUUUGGGUCCCGACAGGAUUUUUUGAAGAGUUUUGAGAUUUGGAAUAACAAUAAUAACAAUUUAUCGAUUUAUUUAUUAAUUUUUGGUGUAGUCGUAUUUUUCUAUAAAAAACCAGAUCAUUUGAACUACGUUGUUGAGAGCAUCAGGGAAAUGACAACAAACUUUAGAAAUAAUAACAGUCUUAGUCGUUGGUUGCCCAGGAGUAAGUUCACCCACUUGGACGAAGAAAUCUUGAAAAGAGGCGGCUUCAUUGCCGGUUUAGUUAAUGAUGGUAAUACUUGUUUUAUGAAUUCCGUUUUACAGUCAUUAGCAUCGUCCAAAGAACUGAUGGAAUUCUUGGAUAAUAAUGUCAUCAAAACAUAUGAGGAGAUGGAACAAAACGAACACAAUAAGGAAGAGAGCGAGCAUGAACCUGAACAAGGUGAAUAUAACAACAAAAAGAACUCCAACAGGAGUGGCAAAGUUUAUGGUAAACAUAAGAAGAAGUUGAACAGGAAGCUAAGUUCUAAAGAGGAAGAAAGAGAAAAUCAAGAGCCAGAUAUCACAUUCAGUACCGCUUUAAGAGACCUACUUGCUGCUUUGAAUGAUAAGUACUAUAGAGACAAACCUUAUUUCAAGACCAAUAGUUUAUUGAAAUCAAUGUCUAAGUCUCCUAGAAAGAAUAUACUUCUCGGUUAUGAUCAGGAAGACGCACAAGAAUUCUUCCAAAAUAUUUUAGCUGAACUGGAGAGUAACGUCAAAUCGUUGAAUACUGAAAAACUAGAUUCUACACCCAUUGCAAAAUCCAACUUACCUGAGGAUGCUUUAGUGGGCCAACAAAAUCUUGGCGAGGUUGGAACAGUUUAUAUUCCAACUGAACAAAUUGAUCCUAAUUCUAUCUUACAUGACAAGUCAAUCCAAAAUUUGACACCUUUCAGAUUAAUGACUCCUUUGGACGGCAUCACCGCAGAAAGAAUUGGUUGUUUACAGUGUGGUGAGAACGGUGGCAUAAGAUAUUCCGUAUUCUCAGGAUUGAGUUUAAAUUUACCAAACGAAAACAUCGGUUCCACUUUAAAACUAUCUCAGUUGUUAAGCGACUGGAGUAAACCUGAAAUUAUUGAAGGCGUGGAGUGUAAUCGUUGUGCUCUCACUGCAGCACACUCUCAUUUAAUGGAACAGUUGGAUCAGUUUCAAAAAAAACCUGAGGGUUCAAUUCCAGAAAAAUUGAUGAACGCUGUUAAAGAUAGAGUGCAACAAAUCCAAGAAGUCCUUGCUAAACCAGUUAUUGACGACGAAGAUUACAAGAAGUUGCAUACAGCAAAUAUGGUUCGUAAAUGUUCUAAAUCUAAACAAAUUUUGAUAUCAAGACCCCCACCAUUGUUAUCCAUUCAUAUCAAUAGAUCAGUAUUCGAUCCAAGAACUUAUAUGAUCAGAAAAAAUAACUCGAAAGUAUUAUUCAAAUCAAGGUUGAACCUUGCCCCAUGGUGUUGCGAUAUUGACGAGAUCAAUUUGGAUGCUCGUUUGCCAAUGUCAAAAAAGGAAAAAACAGUACAACAAGACUCAAGCGAGGAUGAAAACAUAGGCGGCGAAUAUUACACUAAAUUACAUGAACGCUUUGAACAGGAAUUUGAAGACAGCGAAGAAGAGAGAGAUUACAAUGACGGAGAAGAAAAUUAUACAUCUCAUUACAGCCAUAGCAAAAAUAAUAAUAACUAUGACCCAUUAAACGGUGAAGCCGAUGAUUUGACAUCCGAUGAUGAGGAUGAACACAUUGAAGAAACAGAUGCCUUAGGGAACACCAUCAGAAAAAGGAUCACAGAGAAUACCAAUGAUGAAAACGAUUAUGUAAAGGAUGAUGAAAAAGAAUUGCACAACAUCGACAGCGUUAACAUUGAUGAACCAAAAGUUAAUGUUGAAGAUCAACUAGAAACAUCAUCUGAUGAGGAAGAUGUUAUACCAGCUCCGCCUAUCAAUUAUACUAGGUCAUUUUCUACAGUCCCAGCUACUCCCCUGACGUAUUCUCUGCGCUCAGUCAUUGUUCAUUAUGGUACCCAUAAUUAUGGUCAUUAUAUUGCAUUUAGAAAAUACAGGGGUUGUUGGUGGAGAAUAUCUGAUGAGACAGUGUAUGUCGUAGACGAGGCCGAAGUUCUCUCAACACCUGGUGUUUUCAUGUUAUUUUACGAAUAUGACUACGAUGAGGAAACAGGGCAGAUGAAGGAUGAUUUGGAACUCAUUCCAUCAAAUAAUAAAGAAGAAGAAGAAGAAGAAGAAGAAGAAGAAGAAGAAAAAGAAGAAAAAGAAGAUGUUGCUGAACAGAAUGAAGCUCAAGAGGACAAGAGAUCAUAG